ACGCACCUCAAGUCCGCUGUCAUCCAAAUUAUACAUACACAUUCGAGACAUGUCUUCAGCCCCCAUGAAGAAGUGAUGCAACUCACUCAUCCGACCGCGGCCACUGUUGUACAUGCCAUCCAGGCGCGCAGCUGCAGGUAAUCGCCCACGUCCGGCAGUGGAACAACUCGCUAUUAUUGGGGCUGAAACGCCUCUUAUCGGUGAGGGCCACCACAACGCGGGGAAAGCUUGUGGAGCUCGGUGUGGCCCCUUACCUGAGACAAACUUUCAAUUUACCUCAAUGUCAGCACUGGUUUCUAGAAAUAUAUAUCUGCGUCCCUCUGCCAUUAAAUUUCCUCUCUUUUAUUGACACUUGUCAGAUUGUUGCAUGCUAAAUUCCAAGGAUCUUGUCUUCUUAUAACCUCACCCUCUUAAUAUUGGUCAGUCCAAAUUAGGAUCGUUCAAUUUAUAAUAUUCAGAACCCUCGAUCUUGUCGACAGGUAUCUUGGAAAUGGAGGAAUUAGUAGACACGAUUCAAAGAACUCCAAUCAUUGACCAUCAUGCUCACAAUCUGCUUCUUGGCAAUGGGGCUGGAAACUCUUCGCUCAUUACAAUCACUACUGAAGCUGCCGGGCUGGCUUUGAAGCAUACAGCUUCCACACUUGCGCAUCUACGUGCCGUGAGACAACUCGCAGAAAUUUUGAAUUGUGGGCCUACGUGGGAUGCAGUCGAAAGCCGCCUUCAAGAGAAGCGAAAAGAGAAUUAUGAGGCCUGGGCGAAAAGGUGCUUCGAAGGCAUUGAAACCGUGCUCAUCGAUGAUGGGCUCAGCGGGGAUGCCGUGCACCCAUAUGAGUGGCAUAGUCGACUAACGUGGUCAAACUGCAAGCGGAUCGUCCGAAUUGAAUCAAUCGCCGAGGAGUGUAUACGCAAUGUAUCAAAGGAGUCGUCCUUUGAUGUCAAAGAAACUGUGCUUCGCACGACCCUCAUGUUUAGGUUAGUUAUGAAUCGCUUCAUGAAGAUGGAGGAAAUUGUCGGAUUCAAGUCAGUCAUUUGUUAUCGAACUGGACUUGAACUUCCUCCUUUUCAAGAAAUCGACCCUUCAGCAGCCAUGGAAUCAUUUCUUCAAGCGGCCAAAUCAGGUGCUGCCAAGGCAUCCCGCCUGCAACAUGAGAAGCUUGGCCCUUAUUUUGUUCAUCUCACUGCCCAAAUUCUCUCAGAAGCUGCAGACCAAAAUGGAAAGAAACCUUUUCAAUUCCACACUGGCCUUGGAGACAAUGAUUUGAUCUUUUCUCGGUCAUCUCCAUCGUACAUGCAAUCAUUCAUUGAGGCUUAUCCGUCGGUGAACUUUGUGCUUUUGCACGCUAGCUAUCCGUUUACCAAGGAAGCAGCAUAUCUAGCUACCGUCUAUGAGAAUGUCUUUAUGGAUAUUGGCGAAGUCUUUCCCAUGAUCAGCCAGGAAGGUCAAGGAAGGGUUAUUCGAGAUGCACUAGAACUCUGCCCAUCGGAGAAACUAACCUGGAGCACGGAUGGUCAUUACUAUCCUGAGACAUAUCUGUUGGCCGUCAUUCAAGUUCGAGAGGCAAUGCAACAGGUGUUCCAUGACUAUGUCUCGAACGAUGUGCUCACUGUUCGCCAAGCGACUCAAAUUGUUCAGGAUAUCCUAUUCAAUACCUCAAACAAACUCUAUAACUUGAAUCUCAAGCUCAAAUUGCUUCCUGUCCCCAGCGCACCAUCAAAGUCUCCAAGUCUCCAAUCUGGCCAAAGCUCAUGGGCCCAAAACUUGGGUCUUUUGGAAGCCUACUUGAAGCUCCACCGCGAUAUCAAAUUCAUUUGGCUUCAGUGGCUGGACUACACCGCUACACUUCGUGUCCGGAUCUUGCCCAUCAACCGCGCCAUCGACAUGUUUCGUAACGAGACACUUAUCGGCAUUGUCCAAUGCGCAUUCGGUCUGCUCCAAGACGACCAGAUGGUCAGAGGCUUCAUCCCUUCUGGCGAGAAUAAACUAUACCCGCGUUUCGACUCCUUACGACGCGGACAGCGCUCAUCGACCAUUGUGGCUCAAUGCGAAUUCCGCCACACAAAUGGCGACGAAGUGCGCGACUGUCCACGCAGCGUUCUCCGUCGAAUCAUAGACAAAGCCUCUAAUAAAGGUCUAUCAUUCCUCGUUGGAUUCGAAAUCGAAAUCGUCUUUCUCAAACGCUCACUUGAUAAUGAAAAUUGCACCCAAUUCUCCAUCAUCACCGGCCACGGCCAUUCAUGGUCCGCUGCGCGCGCACUCGAGGACAGCAAAACCAUGGACAUGCUCGAAGAGAUCCUCGCAUGCCUCGAAUCCAUCGGGAUAAACCUCCAACAAUUCCACCCGGAGAACUGCCCCGGCCAAUACGAAUUCAUCACAGGACCCCUCCCACCUCUCGAAGCCGCUGACGCUCUGAUCGCCACGCGUCAGGCCAUUUCAGCAAUUGCCGAAAAAUACGGCUUCCGCGCUACUCUCUUCCCCAAACCAGUAGUCCAUGCUGCCGGCACAGGCGCGCACAUUCACUUAUCCAUGUCACCACCAGACCAAUACGAGCAUUUCUACGCCGGCAUCUUGAAACACCUCCGCGCCAUCGCAGCCUUUACGUAUUCCAACCAAUACAGCUACAGUAGACUCGGCGACGGCAACUGGUCUGGCGGUCGAUUCAUCACGUGGGGCACCCAGAACCGCGAAACCCCGCUGCGCAAAAUCGAAGACUCGCACUGGGAAAUCAAGUGCGUCGAUGGUCUGUCGAAUCCGUAUCUUGUCCUUGCUGCCCUCCUCGGCGCCGGACUCAAGGGCGUCACCCAGCGCGAACCUCUCAUCUGGAAAGACUGCGUCGAAGACCCAGCAGGUCUGACUUCCUCGCGACGAGAUGAAUUGGGCAUUUCACAAUUAAUCCCCUUAUCCAUGGACGAAGCGCUUGACAGUCUCGAGAGCGACUCGGAACUCGCAGAAGCCAUGGGCCCAGAGGCCGUCGCGACUUAUCUCACUGUGAAAAGGGCCGAGCAUGAGAAACUCAUGGACAUGGAUCCUGUUGUUCGUAGAGAUUGGAUCAUUGAGCGGUAUUAG